GUACUCCUUUCACAUAUUUUCACCUGAACCGUCUUGUCAAAUAUUUCAAGCUGUAAGAAACACAACAUGGGAACAAAGCUGCGAAAACUCUAUUUGUUAACCUGGAAAAACUUUGUACUCCACCGCAGACAUCCCUUUCAGACCCUACUAGAAAUUUUGGCACCACUUUUAAGUUGCUCGUUGCUAAUAUUAUUGCGAUCGUUGGUGGUACCGGAAGAACAUGCCGCAAUUUUUUUUCAACCUUUCGAAACGCGCGCGGAAAUUUUAAGCCGAAACCCGCAGACCAGAGCGAUAAGGGUCCUAUGGUCCCCGUACAAUCCAAAUCUAGAGCAGAUUGUUAAGCAAACAGUGGACGCAAUGAAUAGGAAUCAAUGGGAUCAUUUUAUUUAUCCGAAAUUUGUCAAAAAUAGUGAACAACUUGUAACUGAUCUUUAUAAACAAAUCGAUGCUGACAAGAAUUUAGCUGGGAUACAGUUUGAUGAUAAUCUUGGGGGAAAUUAUCCACUUCCUCACACCAUCGACGUUACCUUGCGCUUUCCAGGAGAACUGCGAAAAUCGGACAAUAUAAAAGGCGAGGAUUCCAAUGCGUAUUCGUGGGCAACCAAUGUGUUAUUUCCGACGUACCAAUUGCCCGGACCGCGCGAUUUCCUUUUAAACCAUGGUGCCAAACCAGAAUACAAGGCGGAGGGCUUCUUGCAAAUACAGGAAGAGCUGUCACUAGCGAUCAUAAAUCAUUUGAAAAGACGCGAACGAGGCGAAAACUUUACUGGCAACGGAUUACAUAUUCAAAUGCAGCGAUUUCCCUACCCAAAAUGGAUAUCUGAUAAGCUUCUGUCCACUAUGCGUUUAUUUAUUCCACUGCUUGUUAUGUUGGGCACCGCGUACUCCUGCGUUAACAACGUACGGGCUGUGGCAUUGGAAAAAGAGAAACAGCUGAAAGAAGCGUUGAAAAUGAUGGGUUUACCCAAUUGGCUGCACUGGACUGCUUGGUUCAUAAAAACGUUUCUGGUCAUGUUUCUGACGCAAGUUUUAAUUGUAAUGAUCUUAAAACUGUCAUGGUUUGGCAACAGAGCCUUAUUUCCUCGCUCAGAUGGAUACGUAAUUUUGCUGUUCCUUUCCUUCUACGCGUGUGCCACUACCACGUUUUGCUUUGCCAUCACUUCUUUCUUCUCUAACGCUAACCUUGCGGCGACCGUAACUGGAUUGUUCUGGUUUUUGUCUUAUUUUCCCUAUACAUUCUUGCAAGUUGAAUAUGAUACACUAACUUUGGUCGAAAAAUUAGGAGCAUGCAUUUGCUCGACCAGCGCAAUGGGAUAUGGUUUUCAGAUCAUUUUGAUGUUUGAAGGGGCUGGAGAAGGUGUUCAUUGGGAUAACAUCUGGGAGACAACCAGUCCCGAUGACACUCUCACGCUCGGACUCGUGUUGAUUAUGCUGAUGGUUGACACAAUUCUGUACUUUCUCAUUACGAUUUACAUUGAAGCUGUGUUUCCUGGAGAUUUUGGUGUGGGAGAAGCUUGGAAUUUUCCUUUUACAGCGGCAUAUUGGUGUGGGCAACCGAAAUAUGUUCUACUGGAACACUCCAUACCCCCAUUAAACACGUCAAACGAAUUCAUCGAGGUCGAACCGGAAGGUCUUACUCCCGGCAUCAGAUUAAUCAACUUAGGAAAGAAGUACUCCAACAACAAGGUCGCGGUACAGAAUCUCUCCUUAAACAUGUACAGAGAUCAAAUAACGGUCCUCUUGGGUCAUAACGGCGCGGGAAAAACUACAACCAUGUCAAUGUUAACGGGCGUACUAAGACCUACGUCCGGUACCGCAAUCGUAGACGGUUGUGACAUCAAAAUCGAUAUCAAAGGGGCACGACAGAGUCUAGGACUUUGCCCGCAGUACAACGUUCUGUUUGAGGAGCUAACGGUGGCCGAGCACCUCUACUUCUUUAGCAAACUGAAGGGGCUAACGCAGAAUCGCGUAAAGGCGGAAAUUGAUAAAUACAUUGAGCUUUUGGAACUCGAGGAGAAGAGGCACGCGCAAUCGGGAACCUUGUCGGGUGGCAUGCAGCGCAAGUUAUCGGUGGGUAUAGCCUUGUGCGGAGACUCAAAGAUUGUGAUGUUGGACGAGCCGACCGCCGGAAUGGAUCCGGCGGCACGCAGAGCUUUGUGGGAUCUGUUAAUCUCGCAAAAGACUGGUCGAACGAUACUCUUAACCACUCACUUCAUGGAUGAAGCGGAUUUGCUUGGGGAUCGUAUAGCGAUCAUGGUGAAUGGCAGCUUGCAGUGCUGCGGUACGAGCUUCUUUUUGAAGAAGAAGUACGGCGCUGGUUACCACCUCAUCGUAGAGAAGACUAAAAAGUGUAAUGUCAAACAAGUAACGUCAAUACUUCAAGAGUAUAUUCCAUCCAUACAAGUCAAAAGUCAUAUCGGCUCUGAGCUCAGUUAUCGAUUACCGGAAGAUCAGUCAGGCAUAUUCGAACCCAUGUUGCGCAAUUUGGAAAGUAUGAGCGAAUCUCUGGGGGUUUUGAGCUAUGGAAUUUCACUAACUACAUUGGAGGAAGUGUUUAUGGUGGUUGGAUUUGAAGGCGACCAAGACAGUUCGGUUCAAGAAUCUCGAACCGGUGACCUUCCACAGUACGUCAUCGGAGUACCAUACCAAGAUCAUCUUGAACAUGGUGAUGAAACCAAAGAAGUACUGCUGACUGGUUGGAGACUGUGGCUAAAUCAAGUACAGGCGAUGCUCAUGAAGAGACUUUUGUCUAUUUUACGUGCAGGGGCAUUGCUCUUGGUUCAAAAUAUACUAGCUAUACUGUUUAUAUCACUAGCAAUUAUUGUCGUUCGGAAUUUAAAAUUUUUUGAUGACAUGCCAAAAUUGGCAAUUAAUUUAAUGGGCUACUCAAAACCCAUAACUCUUCUUACAUAUGAUGACGAUACUGAUCCGUACGUUCGCUACUUAUCGAAUCACUUGUCCAAACAUGGAGUGGAAGUGGUGGACUCACACAAUGGAAGCAUGAGCGACAUUAUCCUUGAGGCGACAAUAAAAAAUACACCGAGAGUUCGACAUAGGUACAUCUGCGCUUUCUCAUUUGAAGACAACGACGCGACUGCGUGGUUCAAUAAUGAAGCUUAUCAUUCGCCUCCUCUGUGCUUGCAACUGCUUCUGAAUGGUAUUCUUCACAAAGAAGUUUCGGACUUAUUUAAUAUACAAUUCCAUAACCAUCCGUUAAGGUUUACAACACAAACAAAGUUGAGAGAUUUGGCCAGAGGUCACAAUAUGGGUUAUCAAAUAGCGUUUAACUUGGGUUUCGGGAUGGCAUUCGUUUCUUCCUUUUAUAUAAUCUUUUAUGUGAAAGAGAGAGCAAGUAAAGCUAAACACAUACAGUUCGUGUCGGGGGUUGGAGUUAUCGCCUUCUGGGGAUCAUCAUUAUUAUGCGAUCUACUGACGUUUGCUAUCACCUCUACCUGCAUUUGUGGAACAGUUGCAAUAUUUCGAGAGGAUGGUUUUAGUGAAUUUGAUGAUUUGGCGCGAAUGUUUUUCGCCCUAAUCUCCUUCUCGUACAGCAUGCUCCCUAUUACCUACGUAAGUGCAUUUCUGUACGACGUACCAGCGACGGGCUACACAAAAAUGUGCCUCCUGUACGUCUUUACCGGUGUCGCUGGCUUUUUGGCGGUGCAAGUUAUCCGCACGACCGACCUGGAAUUAGAUGCCUUAGCUGACAAGAUUCACUGGGCAUUACUGAUAGUACCCCACUAUUGCCUUUCAUCUGCAAUACGAGAUAUGAACAAAGUAUACGUUAUUCAUAAAACGUGUACUCUGAUGUGUGAAGAUUACUUCAAGUUAAACCCAGCGGCGACUAUGGAACAGUGUAGGAAAUCCGUUUGCAAGAUUGAGCCGUUAUGCUGCAACACCACAAGUGACUAUUUUGAUUGGAACGCACCAGGAGUUGGAAGAAAUAUGUUCUUCUCAUUCGUAAUCGGAACGACCGUAAUCGUCUUUCUGCUACUCAUCGAAUUCAAAAUCAUUCAAAAAAUUCGUUACGCGUUAACCAAGCGCAGGGACAUUCAAUCGCAGGACUUCAACCAAGGAAUCCAAGAAGAUAUGGAUGUGGUCUACGAAAACGAAUUGAUAAGGAAUGCCACUUUGGAAGAGAUUGGUAAAUAUGCGAUUGUCAUGCGAGAUAUGACUAAGUACUAUGGGAAAUUUACGGCCGUACACAAAUUGUGCUUGGCAGUAGACAACUUCGAGUGCUUCGGAUUGUUGGGCUUAAACGGCGCGGGAAAGACUACAACGUUUAAAAUGAUGACGGGUGACAUAAGGCCAAGCUCGGGGAACGCAUGGGUUACCGGAAUUCCUUUAAAGGGAAACUUAGCGAGAAUACAGCGCUUAAUUGGCUACUGCCCCCAGUUCGAUGCGUUACUAGACGAUUUGACGUGCAGAGAGACUUUACACAUAUUUUCAAUGCUUAGAGGAUUACGUAGAAAGGAUGCACAGGUGAAAGCCGAAAGGUUAGCCUUGGAGUUUGACUUCGUGAAGCACUUAGAUAAGCCGGUGAAGGCACUGAGCGGUGGAAAUCGAAGAAAGUUAAGUACUGCCGUCUCCGUUAUCGGCAAUCCCGCUGUCCUGUACUUGGAUGAACCGACCACGGGUAUGGACCCAGCGACUAAACGUUUUCUCUGGGACGCUCUUUGCAAAAUCAGAAAUAAGGGUACGUGUAUUGUACUGACGUCACACAGUAUGGAGGAGUGCGAAGCUCUAUGUACACGUUUGGCUAUAAUGGUUAAUGGGGUCUUUGUAUGCAUCGGAUCUCCACAGCGACUCAAGAACAGAUUUUCGGACGGGUAUACUUUAAUAGUCAAAGCGGAAAAAGGUUCCCAGUCAGAGGACAUAGAAGACUAUAUUAACGCCAAUUUCCCUGAAGCAUCACUACGCGAGAAGUACCAAGAGCUUCUCACCUACUACAUCCCUCCAAACGACCAGUUGAGGUGGUCCAUGAUGUUUGGAAUAAUGGAAACUGCAAAAGAUCGGUUCAACAUUGAAGAUUAUUCCAUCGGACAGUGCUCCUUGGAACAGGUUUUCCUUUCGUUCACCAAAUACCAAAAAGAAGCCCAAAAGAGAAAAAAGACAAAGAUAUAACAUUCGAAUAUGAAAAGGUGUGUUUAGGCGAUAAGAAUACUUGAAAUUGUUACUUACAAUUUAUUGAAUAAACUACAGUUAGUUUAAACUAAAACUAAACAAUUAUGCAGUCUUAUGGAAGGAUG